CCGUGACAGGUUACAGAAUCUCUCACCGACGCUUCUUGCGGUAAACCGUCGCGCGUAAAGUUGUUAUAGACUACUUGGACUAAAUCAACAGCUGUGUGGACAACGACUUUCUGCACGGAGCAUAUUAAAUAAUUUAUUUGGAGUCUAUUUAUUGGAAAGUGCAAUAAAAUAUAAAUCGGUCAACUCAGAACCGUUAAAAAUAUGCCUAAUAAUGAGUUGGGUUAACAACUGGUAGAAUACGCGCGUUUUUUUCGAAUCAUUGGGUGCACCUUGCAUUAACAAAACAAAUUCUAUCUUCGAAUUAAUUAUAACACUUUUCAAAUAAGGUAUUUCGGAUUGUUUGGAAUUGUGUAAAGAGUGUUCGACAUGGCCUUAUCUCUUCUAGUGGAUGGAAAUGCCCAAAUGUAUUGAAGUAGACUGGGGGACGCAAUGCUGUAAAUAAAGGAGUUUCACAUCUGGUGAAGUCAUCCCUAGGACAGGAGACUCAGGAUGAGAAGAUGGCCACCCUGCUGCUACCACCGGGUCCUGACAGCUUGCACCGGUUUACCCGGGAGUCCCUGGCUGCCGUGGAGCAGCGGAUCGCCGAGGAAGAGGCCCGGCGCACCAAGCACUACCAGGAGGACCUGGGAGAUGUGGAGCUGCCCAGGCCCCGGGCCGACCUGGAGGCCGGCAAACAGCUGCCACGCAUCUUCGGCGACAUCCCCAACGGCCUGGUGGGCGUCCCACUGGAGGACUUCGACCCGUUCUAUUUCAUGAACCAGAGAACUUUUAUAGUACUGAACAAAGGGAAGGCCAUCUUCCGAUUUAGUGCCACAUCUGCACUCUAUAUUUUUAGCCCCUUUCAUCCUGUUAGAAGAGCAUCAAUAAAGGUUUUAGUACACUCAUAUCCUUUCUGGUGGAACACUCAAAAUUCCACCAACACUUGUCUGUUUUAGGAGGUGGGUUUCAAAAGGAAAAUCAAUGAGCAGAGAUGUAACAUUUUGGAGGGAAGUGAAAGCCUUGAGAUAGCCUGUAAGAGCCUACUCUAGUUCAGUUUGUCUAGAUAGAUUGUCAUGUCAUUCUCGUUGUAAUUAUGUUGAUCUUGUGUACUGAUCGGGGAAAUAGGGACUGGGAAGGGUGUUGAGCUGCUCAGAUUUGAGCCGUUGGUGUUGCCUGCUGUCUCACUGUCAGUGAACAGAGUGAGCAUCAGUGUCACGACUUCUGCCGAAGUCGAUGCCUCUCCUUGUUCUGG